GCCUCGCCACUCGCGUGUAAUUUCAUUUGACGUAUCGUCUGCAAUAUAUGCAAACACAGCAGACGAUUAACAUGGCUGCAAAUUUGUUUAAAAAACUGAUUGCAGCGAAUCAUCCAAGGAUACUGAGCCAAGCUCUGCCAAAGAACUAUGCUAUCUAUACGCCGGAUUAUUUAGAGGCAUGCAAACCCAAGUAUCCUCUUUAUCCACCGUUGACUGUCAAAGUUAAAGGCCACGAUUUCAAGGUGCUAGAAACUUUUCAAAGUCAAAUACAUAGAAUUGCCAAUUUCAUGGACUUUGAUGUUGAAGACAGUUAUGCCAUGCCAGCAAAAGAAACUAGAAUUGUUAGAUUUAAGCCUAAAACAACAGCUACGGAAGCUGAGUAUGUCUUGAAAACUUAUGCUAGACAUUUAGUUAUAUCCAAUGUAAAUUCAGUAGGAUUACCAAUAUUCAUUCAAGUUCUUCAAAAGAAAAUACCUGUUGGUGUGACAUUUGAAAUUGAAGAACACAAUAGUGAAAAGGAAGCAUACAGGUUUAUACCAGAUAAACAGUUAUUAGAUUUGAAACAAGAACUUGGUGACAUGCAGGCUGCCAAAGCUAAAAAGUAGCCUAGUGGUUGUUGUUGCUUAAUAUUAAAGAUAAAUUUUCUUUUUAUGUAACAUAUAAAACUUUAUUAAAAAAAAUAUAA